AUGGGAACACCCCGCAGCUUUGCCGUCGUCUUCGUCCUUGGCGCACCCGGUGCCGGCAAAGGCACGCUCUGCUCUCAUCUCGCGCAGACAAGCAACUUGGCCCACUACUCUGUCGGCGACAGCCUCCGUGCUUGGAUGCGUGACAACAAAGCCACACCACUCGCAGUCGCAAUCCAAGACAAGCUUGACAAUCAGGGCUUUCUCACCUCUGAUGACCUGAAUCCCUUCAUCCGCCAGGCAAUCAAGGACGCCAUGCGCCAGAACGGAGCAAGAAUCCAAGGCAUCCUAGUCGAUGGGUUUCCGCGAUGCACAGAGCAACUGGAGUCGUUCAACGCCUGGCCAUUCCAGGACGACUUGCCACUUGCUCCCACCCAUGACGCAAACGCCAAACCGGACAUUGUGCUGUCCAUUGGUAUUACCAAGGCAAAUGCGAAGGCGAGAUAUGUCGCCCGUGCGCGGGACAGCAAUGACAGCCUGGAGAAGUUCGAGAGGCGCUUCGCCGAAUAUGAGGCCGAGACUAUGCCGGUGGAGCAAGCGUAUCGCCAGCGGGGCGUAUUGAUCGACGUCGAUGCAAACGGAACGAAGGAGGAGAACGUCAAGGAGUUGACCAAGAAGCUUGAAGAAAGUCGCCGCUCCCCCCUCUUCCACGAUCCUCCCCACGUGUCCGCCAUCCUCAUCGCCGGUAACCUGAAGACUCGCAUCUCUCGCACCAACGCUGUCGCCCCGUUCCUCGUCCGUCACGUUUGGGCCGUCAAGGCGCUGUACCGGCUCCUCCUGCAAGCCAGCGCGCCCGUUGCUGUACCGCUUGUCCGCCUGUGCGACGGCCCUGCGUCCGUGGUCGACAUGGCCUGCGAAUCGAGCCCGCACGUGCUCGUUCGGGGAGCCACUCUCGAGCAGCUCGUCGAACAGCCCGUCCUGGUUGCAUGGCACAACGACGCCAAUGGCCAGUACGAACACAUCGGAUGCCUUUCCACUGCCGCCCCCCGAGAUCGAGCCAACCUCACUUUCCGCGUCGGCCGCGCCGGAUUCGGCAGCCACCAGCGUCUCCUCAUCAGCUUUCACCUGCCCGUCUGCACCCGAGCCACCCAACGCAAGACCGAAAAGAACAUGUUCUUGAUCGUGCCCGCCGAGCGUCUACGCAUCCAGCUGGACCUUGUCGACUUCGAUACCUUGCCCCCGCCAACCCGUGGCCAGUUGAGGAACAAUCACCUGGGAGACACUGAGGCUGGGCUCGUCCGUGCACGCUUUUCUCUCAUGACUUCUGCCUACGUUCUGAUGCCCAAGCUUCGCCGGCCGCUCGCGAGGCCUUUGACCGGCGCCCCCGGCAGGCUAAUGUCCUCUCUGAGGGCUCUGUCCGAGGCCAAGGAGUUUGACGUGUACUUGUCUCGCGGAGAUGUCGAGCACCGCUUGCAGAAGAUAUGCUCCACCCUCCACCAACACCCCAUCGAGACGCCCGAUCUGGACAUAAACGCGACAUUUGACGGGGGAUAUAGCGGAGGCAAGAAUCUCUGGGAAAGCUAUCCUUUCGUGGGAGGCGCAGAGUAUGCCUGGAACCCCAUGGUCGACGAAGCCCCUCCGCCGUACGAUGCUGUUCUCGGCGAAGACGUCUCCCCAGAACCUCCCCCCGCCGUUGAAAAGAUCCCCCCUCAGCCUGUCCCUGGGACAUCGGGACGGCGCGUUGUUUCAUGGAAUCCAGACCGGCACUUGCGAGCAGAAAUUCCCUCCAUCUUCCAAAAGUCCGAGCCAAGCAAGAUCAAGCAGCUCCUCAUGUCCUGGUCUCCAGAAUCCCACGUGGGUCUCGCAGACGUCUCCCCGCCGCGGCCUUCAGCAGCGAUUGCGGGGCAUAAGCGUAGGGUCAGGUCUGACGGAGCAAUCUUGGGCAAGACCGAGGCCAGAUUCCCGCCCCGGCCAGCCCAUCCCGAUCCAACAGCAGCCUACGACCGCAUCUCCGAAGCAGCCACUUCGAACAUUGGCUCCCCCGAAAUCACCCAGCCAGCAGAUGCCCGCCACUCCGACAGCUUCGGCGACGAGAAGAGCAUCAUCUCCGCCUACUCGACCGCCCCGUCCUACCAAAAAUCGUCGGGGGCGUCAAUCUCCCCAUCGCCGCAACCCCCCACCCGUUCGUGGCGCGCCGACUCCAUCAUCGCGAACCCCCCGAGCCCAGUCGACCAACCCGACGACGACGACCACGACGCAGCCGACCCGCCCAGCCCCAUGGACCACCGACCCGGCAGCGACCACCCCACCGCCUCGCUCCUCCGCGCCGCCGUCCUCGCCAGCCUCCACGCCCGCUCCGGCCCCUCGGCCGACUCAUCCGCCACCGACCCCCCGGACCCCGCCCUCCUCCACACGCCCAACCUCUUCCUCGAGCUGCAGGAAUGGCUCGCCGUCGCCUCCUCGCUCGACCCGCUCGCGCACGAAACGCACCGCGCGGCCCUCUUCGCGCUCGGCGCCGCGGCCCGCGAGGGCCUGACGACGGACUUCGACAGCGGGAUGCGCGACUGCCAGCGGGCGCUGCUGCGGGACGCGUGGCGCGAGUGGCCGCCCGCGGAGAACAUGCUGGAGGACUGCUUCGAGGUGCUGGACUGGCUGAACGGGGCGGUGUGCAGGAACGCGGGGACGGUCAUGAUGCCGAUGCUGGUGGGGCUGCGGGCGCCGGCGCAGGACGUGGGCAUGAUGGGGGCGGGCGACGACGGCGCGGAGAAGGCGUGGAGGGAGGCGCUGGCCGAGGUGAGGGCGGCGGCUUUCUGGGUCUUUGGGUAG